AUGCCCUCUGCUCUGGCCCUGGCGGCAACAGCAAUCGCCGUUAUCUAUUCCUUCCUCCGUGCCCUCGUCUAUCUCAGGCAUGAUUCCCGAGAACCCAAGCCUAUCUUUGGCGCCAUCCCCUAUCUCAGUCCCCUCUUCAGCAUGCUGAUCGAACAGGACAAGUUCUAUAAGCGAAUAAGAGACAAGACUCGUCUGCCUAUUUACACGCUGAAUAUACCGGGCGUACCUGUCUACAUUGCCAAUUCGCUUGAGGUGCUCCAGCGCGUCGACCGCCACAUCGAUACCCUCCCUCUCGCCCCUAUGAAAGCCCAGACAUGCAAGAAGGUCUGCAGCGUCAGUCAAGCUGGUCUCGGCAAGAUCUAUGGGAAUAACCUCCUGGCGCAGGACGGCUACCUGUACAGUCACCAACGCGCCUCCGCCCAAGCCGGCGCACCGGGCGCCAGUCUGAAUGCUCUCUCACGGUCAGCAAGCAAGGUUUUUGCCGCUGCUUUUGAUCGAGUCGAGGCACGAGGCCGCACGGCCGUGGAUCUGUAUGAAUUCGUCCACGACGCAAUAUUCAACGGCACGACUGAUGCCAUGUAUGGUCCCCACAAUCCUUUCCGUACCGAGAAGAACCUCAACCACUGGGCCAUCUUCGAAGCCGGACUGCCAAUGCUGUUCCUCGGCUUUCUGCCCAACAUCCUGGCGAGAAGGGCGUACAAGGCAAGGGAACGCCUGGUAGCAGCUUUCAUCGACUAUUUCGGCAACGACAAACACCUUGACGGCGGCUCUCUUUUUGUCCAGCUCACGAACCAAGUUAACGACAGCACCGGCUUGAGCCUAGUGGACAAGGCCCGGAUAGAAGUCGGCCAGGUAGCCGCAGCGACUUUCAACACGGCACCGGGUGCGAAAGAAGUCAUGCGGCUGGUGGACGAGGUCAAUGGUACGCACACCAUCGACCUCGCGCGCGUGAGGACGGAAUGUCCCUUGCUCGUGUCGACCCUGCAGGAAGUCAUGAGGUUCUAUGGCACAGCUACCUCGCUGCGCCUCAUCUACGAAGACACCAUGCUCGACGGCGAGUACCUAUUGAAGAAGGGCGGCGCCGUGCUCAUGCCUAAUUCCAUGUUCCAUACCGACGAGACACUCUGGGGCCCUUCAGUGGGCGAGUUCGAUCACACGCGCUUUUUGAAGGCGGGCCGUCGCAAGUCCAGCACCAAACACCCGGCUGCCGCGUUUAGGGGCUUCGGCGGCGGCCAUGUCCUGUGUCCGGGACGGCAUCUGGCCAGUACCGAGAUGCUGGCUCUGAUGGCCUUGAUCCUUGUGCGUGUCGAUGUCGUUCCCCCUGGGGGCGAAUGGCCAGCAGCACCAAUUGGUCUGUCAGCCGGCAGAGCGUUGCCUGUGCCAAGUAAACGGGUGCUCGUUGACUUCAUCCCCAGGGCCGCUGACAAGUGGCGGGUGAUAUUCACUGAUAAAGACAAUAGCGGUGUGAAUCUUGUAGCGGAAGAUAUGCACGGUACGAACAGCUGA